AUGUCGACAUUCACCUGCCGAUGGGGCAUCCUUGCCACGGGCGGCAUCGCCGAGUCCUUUUCCCUCGACCUGCUGCUAGACCCGGCGAGCCGGGAGGUGCGCGACGUGCGGCACGAGAUUGUCGCCGUCGCCUCGUCGUCGUCGCAGCAGCGCAGCCAGGACUUUAUCGCGCGCGUCGGCGCCGACAAGCAGCAGGGCGACAAUGUGCGCGUGGCCGCCUAUGGGAGCUACGAGGAGCUGGUUGCCGAUGCCAACGUCGACGUCAUCUACAUUGCCACGCCGCACAGCCACCACUACGACAACGUCAAGCUGUGCCUGCGCGGCGGCAAGAACGUGUGCUGCGAGAAGCCAUUCACGGUCAACAGCACCCAGACGGAGAAGCUCAUUGCGCUGGCCAGGGAGAAGAACGUGUUCUUGAUGGAGGCCGUCUGGAUCCGCUUCUUCCCCAUCAUGGCCGAGAUCAGGGACCUUCUGCACCGGCAGCAGAUCGUGGGCAAGAUUCUCCGCUCGACGUCGGAGUUUGGCGAGAGGAUGCCCACGGACCCCAACCACCGGAUCCUGAACCCCAACCUCGCCGGGGGUGCGCUGCUGGACAUUGGCAUCUAUCCACUGACGUGGCAGCUCAGCCUGCUGGGCGAGCACCCAGACAACGGAGGCCAGCCGCCCAAGGUGACGAGCUCGAUGAUCAAGAGCAAGGCCACCGGCGUCGACGAGCAGACGACGCUGAUCCUCGACUUUGAGCGCCUGGGCGUGCAGUCGACUGUGAACUGCAAUCUCAACGUCAAGACGCACUCCUUCUGCACCCUGGUCCAGGGCGAAAAGGGCGAUCUGCAGGUGUCGUGGGCGCCCAUGCGUCCCGAGAGCUACACUUUCUUCCCGCGCAAGGAAAGCGACGGCGACGUCGACGUCCAGGCAGCCAAGACGGUCACGCGGGACAUCCCUGGCCACGGCAUGUUCUGGGAGGCCGAUGCCGUCGCGCGCUGCCUGCGCGAUGGCAGAAAGGAGGCAGACCUGUGUCCGCUGGCCACGACGCUGCUCAGCCAGCAGAUUAUGGAGACGGCCCGGAGUCAGAACAGCUUGCGCUACCCAGACGCACUGGAGGCGGCCAACUAG